CACUUGCGCCAAAUAUAUUUGACCUAUAUCCAUACCCACCCCUUGACCUUUCUCCCUCCUCAGGCCCCUCCUUCAACCACACCCUUUUACACCAAGCCAUCCCACAUUCUCCUCUCCCUCUCUUCACCACCAGAGCUUGUUCAAUUACUAAAACACCCUCCACUCCCCACCACCAUGGCAUCAAGCUCUUGCGGGAAGCACUCUAGGUACCAUGGAAUCCGGUGCCGAGGCGGAAAAUGGGUGUCCGAAAUCCGUGAGCCACGUAAGACUAGACGGAUAUGGCUCGGGACUUACCCAACCCCAGAGAUGGCUGCGGCCGCCUAUGACGUCGCCGCUCUCGCUCUCAAGCGGGGCGAUGCUGUUCUCAACUUUCCGAGCUCCAUUGCCUCUUAUCCAGUGCCAGCAUCCACGUCACCGGAGGACAUUCGCAGUGCCGCCUCCGCCGCCGCUGCACUACAGUGGAAUGAGGAGGCCAAUAACAGUCUGAAGCACAGAGAGAGGCAGAAGAAGCAAGAGGACGACAUGAGGACGAUGAUGAAUAGUUCCAGUUUGGCGUCAUCUGUGGGAAUAGACGAAGAAGAGCUUUUUGGGAUGCCGAAUUUGUUGGUCGAAAUGGCAGAAGGAAUGCUGUUGUCUCCGCCGAGACCGCCUGAUUAUCCUGACUCCUCGGGCAAUUCAGACGGAGGAGAAAGUGGUCUGUGGAGCUUUUGAUUAAGUAUUAUAUAUUCUUGAAUAUCCUUUAUUAAUUAAUAUACAUAUUCAAAACGUAGAGUUCAUUAGGUAUUUGCGGUGAUAUUUCGUUUCCCAUGUACAAUCAAUAGCUGUCCUGGGGUGUGGUUUGCUUUAUUUUAUUUUUUUCCUCUCUCUCUCUCUCUCUCUCUUUCCCAAUACAUAUUAUUAAAAGAGGUCAGCGGGUUUUCAUCUUCAAUAUUGUUAUUUUUUUAUUUAUUAUUGUAAGAAAAUAGUUUGAUGAUAUAGCACAAACUCUUGAGAUUUGAAUUGAA